AUGGACCAAGGAUCGACAGAAGGAGACAAUGGAAUAGACGAUGUAGACGCUUACGACGAUCAAGACCCCGAAUUAAAUGAAGACGGAAGUGCGCCAAACGGGGAUGAUAACGACACACCAGAUGACGGAUCACCGGACGGGAGUGGACAGGAUGACAUCACCAAUAACAAUGCAGGAAACACGGCUACAGGAACGAAUGACGGCCAAGGGCAAGGUGCAAACACUAACGGCGGUGAACAAGGCGGGAACGGAGGAUCCGGCCAAACAAGCUCCGAGUCAAGCUCAGAUUGUCGUGACGCGCUGAAUCCAAAAACGGGUACAUCAGAUUGCCCUUCGCUUCGAUAUUUAUGCGAGCAUCCGUCAUAUUAUGCACUAAUGACUCAGCAAUGCCCUGCAACGUGCAACAGAUGCAAUACAAAAACUAGUGAAUGCAAGGACCUUGCUAAUCCAAGGACUGGCGUCUCGGAAUGUGCAUCGAGAAUAUAUCUGUGCACAAAUCCCAGUUACAGAACUGUCAUGGAGGAGCAGUGCCCGAAAACUUGCGGAUUUUGUUUCUGA